AUGACCACGUAUGAGACGGUGACGCUGAGCGGCACCGAGAAUCUGCCGACGUUUAUCAAGACGAUUCUGGAGCCGGCGUUCGCCUACCACACACACGAGCUUGAAUGCGAGAAGACGACAGACGGUAGCGCGUUUCGCUACAAGUACACGGUGGUGGUGUCGAAGCAGCCGACGACGACCACCACGAAAAGCUCAUCGACGGCGUGCAACAGCUGCCUAUCGUUUCAGCCGGCCAAGUGCGGCGAGAAGGUCAAAUGUGUCAUGAUGGUUCAGAUCAAAUUCCAUAUCUUUUAUACGGAUUCGUUUGGAAAAGAAGCUCAACACACAUUCCAAUACGAAUUCCCAUCCGAUGCCACACUUCGGCAAGUCAUCGCCGAAUUCGAAGGCAACUACCGUAUGAAAACAAAGCAAAAGCAGUUUGCCCCGCGGCUCUCAAUGUGCAUCGGUGAAGUGACUCGCUCGAACUCCGUUCCGAUCACCGAGAAGCAUUUGGAUCAGACGAUCGCCGAAUUGACGAAUGAUGAAUAUAUCGGAAAAAUCACGUUCGUUGCGGACCUCAUUAAUAAGUUUUGA